GUGCGGUUGUUGUCUGCUCCGUUUCCUUUGGCGAAUCGAGUAAGUGCUGGAGCGAGCGAGAUAGGGCGAGGUGUGAGGGAGAAAGAGAGAGACCUGUUAUCAGAAAAAAAGUUGAAAAAAAAUAAAGCACCGAAGAGCGCGCCGUCGCAGUUGUUGUCGCCAGUUGUUGUCAGUGUCGCAAGUGCAACUCGCAAUUCGCGUUGCAACAUCAUCAAGAGAAGCGGCAAACGUGCGUGCCACAUAUACAUAUAAAUUAUACUCGUAUAUACAUAUAUAUAUAUUAUAGUACAUGCCUUCUAUAUACAGUGCCGGCCAAAAGUGAGCGUGUAUGUGAGUGCAACGUGUGCCGGCCGCCAAGACAACGAGAAAUCCGCCAAGCAUUAAAUUCACUGGUCGCAUAAAUCUCUGGCAUCCCAUUCGAAAUUCUAAUUUCCGUGGCGCGUAAUACGGAAAACAAACAAACAAGAAGAACAACAAUAACAAAAGCAUUGCCAACAACAACAACAACAAGAACAACAACAAAGUUGGCCCAGAAACCAUUAACAUUUUCGGCUUCAAUCACAGCAGCGCAUUUGUGGAUGUGAGAAAGAAAUUAAAUAACCGAAACAAACAGAGCGAACGCGAACAAAAACGACAGCAAUAACAAACAAAUCAAGCGAAAUUCGGCAUUUAAAAUCCAGACAUAAAAAAUGUAAUGGAAAGCAUUAGUGCUCAUAAAAAAUGGAUUUACACAGCCUUUUUAAGGCCAUCCUGAUCCUGUAUGUCAUAAGAGCUGAGACCAGCCAGAUUGUGAAUGGACUGGAUCUGCAGGGACCGAUUUUUCUCCAUGAGCCAUCGCAUCGCGUCGAGUUCUCCAACAAUUCAGGCGGACUCAUAGAAUGCUCGGGCCACGGAAGUCCUCCGCCGGAGGUGGAAUGGACCCCCAUCCCGCCGCAGCAGGACAUGGUGUUCCAGCUUUCCAACGGCAGCAUGAUGUUCUAUCCCUUUACGGCCGAGAAGUAUCGCCACGAGGUGCACGCCACCGUAUACAGAUGCAAACUGCGCAAUUUGGUGGGCACCGUGCUCAGCCGGGAGGUUCAUGUGCGCGGCGUCGUCAACCAGAAGUACGCGGUGCAGGUGCACGACGAGUACGUGAUGACGGGCAACACGGCGGUGCUGAAGUGCCAGGUGCCCAGCUACAUGUCGGAAUUCGUAAUAGUCACCGCCUGGGUGCAGGACACCGGCAUGCAUCUCUAUCCGAACACGGACAUCGGCGGCAAGUACACGGUGCUAUCGAACGGCGAAUUGUACAUAAAUAAUGCGGGGCCCAAUGAUGCGUACAAAAGCUACACAUGCCGCACUGUAAAUAGACUGACAGGUGAAAUACAAAUUUCCACAUAUCCCGGCCGCAUUAUUGUAACAGAGCCCAAGGGCAUGGUACAGCCGCGCAUCAACGUGGAGAAGCAUUCGAUGCGGCAUGUUGUCCUUAAUGGCCAAACAACGUUGCCGUGCAUAGCUCAAGGACAUCCGGUGCCAACAUAUCGGUGGUUCAAGGAGGAGAACGAGCAACUGCUGCCGCUGCAGCUCAGCGAACGCAUCACCAUCGUAUCCGCCGGGCUCCUCAAAAUCACCAAGGCACGUCUCGAGGAUAGUGGAAAAUAUUUGUGCUGGGUGAACAAUACGGCGGGCGAGGAGACCAUCCAAGUGUCGCUAACGGUGACAGCUCCUUUGACGGCACACCUGCAGCCACAGGUGCAGACGGUGGACGUCGAUAAGGAUGCGCAAUUCCAAUGCAUUGUCUCUGGCCAUCCGGUCCACGAUGUCAACUGGCUGCACGACGGCAAGCCCAUCCUCAGGGACAACCGCGUCGAGAUCCUCACCGAUCCUCCUCGCCUGAUCAUCAAGAAGGUGCAGAAGGAGGACCCCGGCAUGUACCAGUGCUUCGUGUCCAACGAGUGGGAGCAGAUCCAGUCGACAGCCGAGCUGCAGUUGGGCGAUGCCUCGCCGGAACUGCUUUAUUGGUUCUCGGAGCAGACACUGCAGCCGGGACCCACGGUUUCAUUGAAGUGCGUCGCCACCGGAAACCCACUGCCUCAAUUUACAUGGUCCCUGGACGGAUUUCCGAUACCAGACAGCUCGCGCUUUUUAGUGGGUCAAUAUGUUACCAUCCACGACGAUGUCAUCAGCCACGUGAAUAUAUCAAACGUCAAGGAGGAGGACGGCGGGGAGUACACCUGCACGGCCCAGAAUGCAAUUGGCAAAGUAUCGCACAGCGCCAAAGUGAACAUCUAUGGAUUGCCUUACAUACGCGAAAUGCCAAAAAUAACAGGAAUUUCUGGCUCUGAUUUGAUUGUUAAAUGUCCCGUGGCUGGUUACCCCAUCGAUAAAAUUCACUGGGAGCGAGAUGGGCAAACGCUGCCCAUAAAUCGGAGGCAGCGUGCCUACAACAAUGGCACCUUAAUUAUCGAGCAACUGCAGCGCCUCGAGGACGCGGGCACCUACACGUGCAUGGCCCAAAACAAACAGAAGCAAACGUCGCGGCGCAACGUGGAGAUCCAAGUGCUGGUGCCUCCGAAAAUAAUGCCCAUCCAGGCCAUGACGAACAUGCUGCGCGAGGGGAUGCGAGCGGCCAUCUCCUGCCAGAUCCUCGAGGGCGACCUGCCCGUCAGUUUUCGGUGGGAGCGCAACGGGAAACCGCUGAUCGGCACUGGCAACGAGGUUUUCCGUCGCCUGGACGAAUACUCGGCGAGUCUGGUCAUCGAGCACAUAUCCUCCGAUCACUCCGGAAACUAUACCUGCAUUGCCAGCAAUGUGGCUGGCACCGAAAGGUUUACAGUGCCGCUCACCGUAAAUGUACCUCCGAAGUGGAUCCUGGAGCCCAAGGACUCGAGUGCCCAGGCGGGGGCGGAUGUCCUCCUGCACUGCCAGUCGUCGGGCUAUCCCACACCGACCAUCACCUGGAAGAAGGCCAUUGGACCCACGCCCGGCGAGUACAAGGACUUUCUGUACGAACCCACCGUCCAGCUCUUCCCCAACGGAACCAUUUUCUUCAAGAAGAUAAGCAAGGAGUCGCAAGGACACUUCCUGUGCGAGGCCAAGAACAGCAUUGGUUCCGGUGUGAGCAAGGUCAUCUUCCUGAAAGUUAAUGUGCCCGCUCACUUCCAAACGAAGACGAAACAGAUUUCGGUGGCCAAGGGAAAGCAAGUCCAUGUGCAGUGCAACGUGCAGGGCGACAAUCCCAUCGACUUCAAAUGGAAAAUCCAGGCAUCGCAACAGUAUCUCGACGAAUCGCUGGAUUCCCGUUACACAAUAAGAGAUCAAGUGCUCGACGACGGAAUGGUCUCCGAAUUGGGCAUUUCGCACACAUAUCGCCAGGAUACGGGCAUUUAUAUCUGUCAGGCGAGCAAUGCAUUCGGACAGGACGAGAUGUCCAUCCAGCUCAUCGUGCAGGAGGUGCCCGAGCAGCCGAAGAACCUGCGUAUCAACUCGCAGCAGUCGCGCAGCCUUCAACUCACCUGGAGUCAACCUUUCGCCGGAAAUAGUCCAAUUGAGGAGUAUCACAUUUACUACAAACAGAUAUCAGACUACUUUUCGCCGACAGACAUUUGGCAGAACGCGGAGCACUUGACCAUAGCCGGAGCCCAGACGGUGAUCAACAUCCAGCAGCUGCGUCCGGCGAAGGCCUACCACAUCCGGAUGUCGGCGGAGAACAAGCUGGGCGCCUCCGAGUUCUCCGAGGUGGUGCAGGUGACCACGCUGGAGGAGGUGCCCUCGGGUCCGCCACUGGCCGUGCGCGCGGAGCCCAAGAGCUCCACGGAGAUCUUCGUGACGUGGGAUGCCCCGGAGCGGGAUCACUGGAACGGCAUCCUGCUCGGCUACUACGUGGGCUACCAGAUGUCCCUCACGCCCGAGGACAAGGAGGUGAACCCCACGCAGGGCUUCAGCUUCAAGACCGUCGAGGUGCGGUCCCACUUCGGCGGCGAGACGGUGCUGGCCAACCUCAACAAGUUCACCCAGUACCACGUGAUUGUCCAGGCGUACACCAGCCAGGGCAGCGGACCGCCGAGCAAGGAGAUUGCCGUGCAAACAAUGGAGGAUGUUCCCUCAUCUCCGCCAGAGUCGCCGCAGUGCGAUGUCCUAGGCUCCACAUCGAUUUAUAUCACCUGGUCGCCGCCGGACAUUGAUGGCCAAAAUGGAAAAAUCAAGGGCUACAAAGUGUUUUACAUAUCGGUGGACGAGCUUUACGAAACCGAUCCGGAGGUUGUCAAGUCAACAAAUCAAUACGUCACCAUCGAGAAUCUGCGCAAAUACACCAACUACACGGUCUGGGUUUUGGCUUACACCAAAGUAGGCGAUGGCAUGAAAACCAAACCGUUUUAUUGCCGCACCCACGAGGAUGUGCCCUCCGCCCCGCAGGCCAUCAAGGCGAUACCCGCCUCGAGCUCCAAAAUCAUUAUAUCCUGGCUGCCGCCCGAUCUGCCCAACGGUGACAUUACGGGAUACACCUUCUACAUGUCCAUGCUGGAGGGGGGACGCGAGGAGGGCACCCACAAGCGGCUGCUGGGUCCCUUCGUGGAGAUGCACGAGACGGUGCGCACCCAGGAGUCGGCCACGUACCAGUUCUGGCUGACCGCCUCCACCAAGAUGGGCGAGGGCGAGAAGACGCAGGUGGUGACGGUGCCGCCGAACAACAAGGUGCCCGCCCGGAUCGUCUCCUUCAGCCAGCGCAUAGUGACGCCCUGGAAGGAGCACCUGGAGCUGCCCUGCCGGAAGGUGGGUGCACCGGCACCGGUGACCAUCUGGCGGCAGGACGGGCACAACAUGGAGACGAGUGCCCGCAAGACGAUCGCCAAGAACGGAACGCUGUACAUGAAGGAGUGCCAGGCGAGCGACGCCGGCAACUACACCUGCAGCGUGGAGAACACCUGGGGCAAGGACGAGAUCGUGUACAACAUCGUGGUGAAGGUGCCGCCGGAGGCGCCCAAUCUCACCGUGAUCAACGCCUACACGGACAGCCUGCUCCUCGAGUGGAUGGACAACAGCCAUGGCGGCAGUCCCAUCUUGGGUUAUGUGAUCAACUACAAGCGGGACAACGGCGACUGGGAGGAGCUGCAGGUGGACUCCAAGACCACCUCGCAUCUGCUGACCAACCUGUGGUGCGGCACUCGCUACCAGCUGUACAUAACCGCCUACAACAAGAUCGGAACGGGUCUGCCCUGCGACAUAGUCAACUCCUACACGAAGGGCAAUCCUCCCGUGCAACCGAAGCACUCCCAGAUGAUCACGAACAACUCGACGAGCGUCACCUGCUGGCUGGAUUCCUGGGGAGACGGCGGCUGCGGCAUCCUCUACUUCAUGAUCGAGUCGAGGGUCUACGGUAGGUCCUCCUGGCUGGUGGUCUCCAAUCACAUCCCGCCGACGGAGAGGAUCUACACGGUCAGCGAUCUGAUGCCCGGCACCAAGUACCAACUCAAAGUCACUGCCCACAACAACGCCGGCUCCACAACGGCCAUCUACAACUUCACCACGCUCUCCACACAAGGAGUUAUGUACAACAACGACCACUCCACUCCGGUUUCCCACCUCAGUGAUCUGCCGUUCUACGCCAACUUCAAGCUGCUGCUGCCCAUCUGCAUUUCCCUCCUGAUGCUGCUGGCCCUCAUUGGAGCCGCUCUUUUUCUCAGAAAGCGAAAAUUUCCAGAGCUGAGCAACCAGGCCCGUUUGGCCAGUUCCUCGAUGUCGGAGUCGCCGUCGCUGGCCAACCUGCAGAACAAACAGAACCGCGAUCAGCAGUAUUUGGCCGUGCGCUGCAAUCCCGGAACUUCCGCUCCCCGGGGCUCCAACUCCAAUGAUUCCGGGAGUUUCGGGAAGGCAGAGGGCAACGAGUACAUCGAGGACAUCUGCCCCUAUGCCACCUUUCAACUGAACAAGCAGACCUACAGCGAGAGCUCCUACAGCGGAAAUGUAUACAGUGGUCCCUACCACUCGGUGCGCGGAUCCUUUGUCUAUCACGAUGUCAAGCCGGAGAGCUACCACUCCAAGGAGCCUGAGUACACUAAAGUGCGACGAAAAGUGGGUCGUCUUAGGGAUCCUCAUUCAGAGAGCCAAGAAUCGGACAAUCCAGGUUCAACAGAUUCCGAAGUUAGGAAAAUCCUAACGCUUCACAUCCCAAUUACAGAAUAUGACACACUCGGCUCCGAGUCCGACAAUGAUGUGUCUGCACGCGCUCUAAACUCGGCCAAGUAUCGUGCACAACGUGAUACCCAGGAUGAGACUUCGUCCUCCUCGGAGACCACGCCCACUAGCAUGACCCGGAAGUCGAAGCCGCCGUUUGCCGCCCGGAAGUCGGGAAAGCCGGGAACGAGCGGCAAGCGACACGUUCGAAGUUCCAGUGGCUAUUCGAGCCACAACGAAGAAACUACUUUUAGCAUAUCCAACUAUCCACCAAACUAUCAGGACCACAUAAAUCCACCAGCUCGUUUUUCGGAUGCCAACGACAAGACGAAGACCCAGACGUCGCCACGAAUGCGUGCCAAUCAGAAACUACACCGGGAGGCUUUCCAAAUAAAUGUCUAGGCCCCUCCCAGGAAGGGAGUUAAUUUUAAACGUAAUCUUAAACUGAAUGUAUAAACGGGAAUCGCGUGAAACGAAGCUGUACAAUUUGUUGUAAAUCCACCCAGAAGAACGAUAUAAAGAAAUCGAAACGAAAUCCAGCUAACUAACUCGAAAACAAUAGCUAAGUCGGCGAAUCUACGAAGCAUUUCAACUAUUUACAACAGAACAGAAAACGGUCAGGAAGCGAAUUAAUGAAAAAUAAGAAAAAAAUACGAAGGAAUCGAAUAUUACAAACUUUUGAGAGAUCUUUGAUUUUCAACGAACAUCGGUUUUUGCAAACGAACGGAAACAGCACGCGAAAUAAACCAUAAGACUUAUUUACACACUGAUUAUGCUUAGUUGAACUUAAAAAGCUGCGUAAGUGUAAUGAACAUAAACUUAAAAUAAGUUGAGGCCGACGAGUGGACGGGAAAUUAAUAAUUAAUUAAUGUUAUAGAUCCUAAAUUAAGCAUUUAAUGUAUGAUAAACCGAACUGCGGCAGGCCGCAGAUGUGAAAUGUCGGGCAAGAGCAGAUAACGAAUAGUAUUAUACUAUAUGCGCAUAACAAUACUAUAAACGGAUAAAAAGACGGCCUUUGUGCUAAGCGAUAAUUAAAGAAGAAUUACCGAAAUUCUUUGCAUUUCUAGUAAAUUAUGAACGUUUCGUUCCGUUGAUCCGCAUUGUUUGUUUCCAUUGAUCCAGUUUUGCAUCAGUUUGUAAGUGUUUGCGACAAGAAGAAUACUUGACAACAACUGUUAGCUAGUUACUUAAAUGAAUUAAAUUAAUUUACGGGGAUACAGUAACACGAAUGCAUUCAGAUAGUUUAUGAAACUGUUGUACAUAGCUAAGCGUCAUACAAUUACUUCUAAAAUCGUAUUAUACAGCAAAACCGAAAACCGAAUACCAGGAGCAUAAGAGCGUAUUAAAUGUUAGUGGAAGAUAUUAUCGAAAGCCAAACCAGCAUGCAUUUCCAUAAGCCGAAACUAAGCGACCGCUCAAAACUAGACAACUACUGACCCAAAACAGAACAUACAAACAUAUAUAGCCGAAUAUUUGCCAAAUAGCAUACACACACCCGACACACAGACACUGCUCCUGUACCAUAUAGACAUACGUAUGUAUUUAUAACUCUAUUUUACAAUAGCUACAACGACAAACAACCAAGCAACCAAUUACAUGACAAUAUGACACAAGUACAUACAUAUAAAAGCAUUAACUACAAAACCAAAGAUUGUAAACGUAACUCCAGUCGUGGAUGAUAAACUUAUAAAGUUGAAGUUGAAAGAAUUAAUUAGAAUCGAGAACACAUUUGGCAAGGCAACUCUUCAGACUGCACAACAAAAGCAAAUUGUAGGCAUUUAAAAUUCUCGAACUGCAGUACUUGGUUGUAAAAUUGAAUAAAGGUGUUUUGGCAUAUUGCGAUUAAGAGAAAAAAACUACAUAAACAAGUUGUAAAAUUACACACGAAAAUUCUUCUAAAACAGCACUGUUUAUGUAAAUUGAAAAUAGUUCGCAGAAACAAUGAAAACUUCAAAUACAUGACAUGACAUAUGAUAAAACCAAGCAAAGAUCGUUUUAUUAUUGGGAGAUAACAGAGUAAGUCGCAUUUAUUUACAGUUGAGUUAAACAGUUGUUGCUGGCGGGAAUAGGGGAAUAUAUAUACUCGACUCAUACGUAUGCGGAUAUAUAAUAUAGAUUCACACCGAAAGGAAAGCUUCCUUAAAACUAAGCACUCUUCACAUCUUGCAAUUGUUGCAUUUAAAGCAUUCUCAUAAGGAUAUACAUUACAGAUAGAACAUUUCGGAACUAAGAUCUAUACAAUGAUUGUGUUUCACUUACACAUAACUUAGGCUAUAUAGGUUACAUUAUAUCUUAGUUGCUUUUUUCGGAUACAAAAGGGAAUUCUAACAUUUCGCUUACAGAACACACUCGUACAAAAGGGCAAAAGUUGUAAAACUCAACGUUACGGUGUAUAAAAACGAAGUAAGGAGUAGCAA